CACAGGACGUACAGCUCAGCGCUGGGGAGGGGGUCCCUGAAAAAGUCACCUGGUUUAAAGACAAAAGGAGACACGUCCGUCAGGAGAAUGGUCCUGAACUGCUCUGGCUGGGGAAGAUGUUCUGGCUUCUAUGUUCCAGCCUCUAAGGAUAUAGUCACAUGUCUCUGUGGUAAGGGCACAGCCUUUGGAGCCUCAACCAGGGCAUGCUUUGUCUCCUAAUCACAGAAGCACAGCCACCUCUGCCCAGGUGUCAUCUGUCGUCCUGCCCUUCCCAAGCUACUCAAGGACUUGGCCAUGUGCUCUCCGUUCUAGCACCGUGCUGAAGAGUUCUGUUCAAUUCAGAAAACACAUUGUCAUCCAUCCAUCCAUCCACCCAUUCACCCACCCAUCCAGUUAUCCACUCACCCACCCAUCUAAUCAUCCACCCAUCCAUCUGCUGAUCCACCCAUUCAUCACUCAUCUAUGCAUUCCCCCACCCAUCCAAUCCACCGAUCCACCCAUCUACCCACUCGUCCAUCCAUUCCCCCACCCAGCUACCCAUCCAGCAAUCCACUGAUACAUCUAUCCAUCCAUCCUCCCAUCCAUCCGUCCACCCACCCAUGCAUCUAUUCACCCACCCUCCCAAUCAUCCACCCAGCCAUGCACCCAUCCAUCCACUCAUCCAUCCAUUCACACGCCCACCCAUCCACAUGCCCACUCAUCCAUCCAUCCACCUACCCAUCCAUCUAUUCACCCAUCCACUGAUCGAUCCACUGAUCCAUCCACCCAUGCAUGCAUCCAUCCAUCCACAUCCAUUUAUCCAUUCAUUCCCCCACCCAUCCAAUCACUCAUCCAUCCAUCCAUCCAUCCAUCCAUCCACCCACCCACCUACCCAUCCACUGAUGGAUCCACUGAUCCAUCCACCCAUGCAUGCAUCCAUCCAUCCACAUCCAUUUAUCCAUUCAUUCCCCCACCCAUCCACUCACCUAUCCAUCCAUCCAUCCACCCACCCAUCUGUUCACCCACCCUCCCCAUCAUCCACCCAGCCAUGCACCCAUCCAUCCAUUCAUGCACUCAGCCACAUGCCCACUCAUCCGACCACCCAUCUACCCAUUCAUCCAUCCAUUCCCCCACCCAGCUACCCAACCACCGAUCCACUGAUACAUCUAUUCAUCUACCCUCCCAUCCAUCCAUCCACCCACCCAUCCAUCUAUUCACCCACCCUCCCAAUCAUCCACCCAGCCAGGCACCCAUCUAUCCACUCAUCCAUCCAUUCACACGCCCACCCAUCCACACACCCAUUCAUACAUCCAUCCACAUAUCUAUCCACUCACCCAUCCAUCCACACAUCCAUCAGUCCAUCCGUCCAUCCAUCCAUCCACUCACCCACUUAUCCAUCCACCCAUCUAUCCACUUACCCACCCAUCUAUGCACUCAUCCACCAAUUCGUCGAUCCAUCCAACAAUCUACCCACUUUUCAUUUAUCCAUCCAUCCAUCCAUCCACCCAUCCGUCCACACACCCACUCAUCCAUCCAUCCACACAUCCAUUCACCCACCUACCCAUCCAGUCAUCCACCCAUCCAUCCACACAUCCAUCCACACAUCCAUCCAUCUAUCCACUCACCCACUCAUCCAUCCACCCAUCCAUCCACUUACCCACCCAUCUACCCACCCUUUCAUUUAUCCAUCCACCUCUCCACCAAUCCAUCCACCUUCCCAUCCAUGCAUCUACCCAUCCAUUGAUCGAUCCAUCCGUCCAUCCACCCAUCCAUCCAUCCAUCCAUCCUUCCUCCCAUCCAUCUAUCCACCUACCAUCCAUCCAUCCAUCUAUCCAUCCAUCCAUUUAUAUAUCUAUCAACUCUACCCAUCAUCUACGUAUCUAUCAUCUAUCUAUAUCAAUGUAUCUAUGCAUUUAUCAUCUAUCUAUGUAUCUGUCUACCCAUCCAUACACAUUAUCUGUCUAUAAAAAUAAAUAAGCAAGUAAAUCAAUGUCUGUGUACACCCUAUUGGGUUCUGUUUCUCAGGAGAACAUGGACUGAUACAGCCCCUUUGAGACUAGAGCCCAUAAGGAGGUCACGCUUCUCUUAUGUGCUCGCGGCUGCCACUGUUCCCUCUCUGUCAUUCACCCUCUGCUUCUCACCCCUUCGGGAAAAGCAGCAUUCCUGAGGGCAGAGUGACAGAAGGUGUGGCCCUCCUUCCUCGCUCUGCCCAGGCUCCAGGUCACCUUCCCUCAGUGACUUCCACCUGCAAAGAUUCUCAGAGCAAAACCCGCUGGGUCCUGUCACCUUGCU